ACAUCACCUUUCCCCCUCCCUGCAACUUCAAUGGCAGAAUCCUCCAUGUAUAAAUUCUACAGCCAGAGCCAACCUUCUUCCGCCAAACCCACCAAGCAUGCAGCAGCUACACCCUCCACCUCAUCUUUGCGACGUUUUCCUUGCCUCUACUGUCCCCGGGAGUUUGACACCUUUCAAGCUCUCGGCGGCCAUCAGAAUGCUCACAAGAGCAAGCGAGCCGCUACUGCUCGGCCAAACUUUCCGGCCAACAACCUGCAGGAAUACCGCCUACUUCCUCUGUUCCCUGCUAAUCCACAGCAACAACCCACCUCAUCCAUACCAUUUCCCCACUUUCCGGGCAUGUGUCAUCCCGUGGGUGCAGCCGUGUUUGUUGAGAAGUGCAUGGAGCCCAUCCAGCCGCAGCCGCAGCAGCUGCAUCAGGACCUGAACCUUGCUUCCAGCUCGGUCCUUCGGAGCUUUCUGGGCGUUUCGACUGCUGAUGCUCACUCCACUUCCACUGAUGUCGAUGAUUCUGCCAAUAUGGACCUCACCCUCCGGCUGUGAAGGGCUUUAGACUGAAUGGU